AUGAAGAAAUUUCUUGCUAGUUUAGAAAUGAUUGAGGUUUGUGAAUGUGAAUCCUUAAAGGAGAUCCUUCAAAUACCACCGGAUUGUGUUAAGGAUUGUGAAUGUGAAUCUUUAAAGGAGAUCCUUCAAAUACCACAGGAUUAUGGUAAGGUUGAGUUUCUCAAAUUACGAACUUUGACACUCCAAUCAUUACCAUCAUUUACUUGUUUUUAUACCAAAGUGGAGAGAUCUUGCUGGCCACAUUCGACAGAGGCUCAAACUACAAAUAGGGGUCACACAGAAAUUUUUACUGAACAAGAUGGCCACAGUGACAAUGCACCUCCUCUUUUUGGUGAACUAGUUGAAGUUCCAAACUUAGAGAACUUGAAUUUAUCCUCACUCAACAUCCAUAAGAUAUGGAGCGACCAACACUUGUCAAGUUUCUACUUUCAAAACUUGAUAAAGUUAGUUGUGAAAGAUUGUGAUAAAUUGACACAUCUAUGUUCAUUACCUAUGGCUAGUAGUUUGAAGAAGUUGAAAAGCCUCGUCAUGAGUGGGUGUCUUAUUAUGGAAAAUAUUUUUGAGAUUGAAGGAAUUACUGCAAACAAGGUUUGUGUCUUCCCUAAGCUGGAGGAAAUCCACCUUAGCAAAAUGAAGAGGUUAACAGAUAUGUGGCAAACUGAAGUGGGUAUUGAUUCCUUUUCUAGUCUCAUUUCCGUAAGGAUUGAAGAAUGCGAUGAAUUGGACAAGAUUUUUCCGAGUCACAUGGAAGGAUGGUUUGAAAGCUUGAUUAACUUGCAAAUUUCUAAGUGCAAAUCUGUGAAAGAGAUUUUUGAAAUCAAUGAUUCUCAAGAAAUAGAUGCAUCUGGUGGGAUAGACACAAAUUUGCAAGUUAUUCUUCUAGAAGAACUCCCAAAGUUGAAGGAAUUGUGGAGCAACGAUCCAGAUGGAAUUCUCAACUUUAAAAAACUUCGGACUAUAGAUGUAAGUUAUUGUGAUGAACUGAGGAAUUUGUUUCCGGCUUCUGUGGCAAAAGAUGUAUCAAAGCUUGAACGCAUGUCAGUAUUGUAUUGUGAGAGGAUGAUGGAAAUUGUUUCAAAUAAAGAUACAUCAGAAGCUGAUAAUGAUCCAUUAGAGUUUCCUGAACUAACAUUUGUGAGAUUGUACGAACUUCCAAACAUGAAGCAAUUCUACAAGGGGAGACAUCCAAUAAAGUGUCCAAAGUUGAAGGAAUUGAGUAUGGGCAAGUGUAUGAAGCUUAAAACAGUUCUACAAGAAACAACUGAUGAAAAGUUUGUUUUCUCGGCUGAAGCGGUGUUCCCCAAGUUGGAAUACAUGGAAAUUGACUUCGAAGAAGCUCAAAAUUGGUUAUCCAAGUACAAAAUGCAGAAAUUAAAAGAGCUUAUUAUCUUGAAUUCAGUCCACCGCCCAGAUCUUUUGUACCCGUUUUUGUACAAAAUGCCAAAUCUAGAAAAGUUAAAAUUGACUUCUUCAUAUUCUGAAUCGUUGCAAAGUACAAACAUUGGGCAGCAUGACAGAUUGAGAGUUGUAUUACAGUUGAAGCAAUUGCUUAUUUGUUCCUCAAAGUUAAAGGAUCUAGGAUUUGAACGAGACCAAGUUCUAGAGAGGCUAGAGCUUUUGAAAUUAAAAGAUUGCAACAAUUUGUGCAAUUUAGGUCCUUCCUCUGUAUCGUUGAGUUACUUGACAUGUUUGAAACUGAAGAAAUGUGAUGGAUUAAAGAAUUUAGUGGCAUCCUCCACGGCCAAAACCAUGGUUCAACUUAAGACCAUGAAGGUAAUCGACUGUGGUCGAGUAGAGCAAAUAGUAAGCAACGACGGAAGUGAAGAAGGCAAAGGGAUCAAAAUUGUAUUCAGCAAAUUGAUUUCUAUAGAACUUGUGGGGCUAAUGAACAUGACAAGUUUUUGCAGUUACAAGAACUGUGAAUUCGAGUUUCCAUUACUGGAAAUAUUGAUAGUAAGAACUUGUCCGAAAAUGGAGAAAUUCAGUGAAAGAGGAUUAAUAGCACCAAAGUUGAAAGAUGUAUUUGGUGUGGAGGGAGAUAAAAAAGCCAAAUGGCAGUGGGAAGGUGACUUGAAUGACACCAUACAAGAAAUUUUCGACCAUAAGAAUUUGGAAGUGUUACGAGUAUGGAGUUGCAGUAAUGCAGAGGUGAUAUUUAAUAUGAAUGAUGAGAACAGGGUGAUAACAAAACCUUCCCCAAUAUUCCGUCUGAAAACACUGUCUUUAUUGGGUCUACCAAAACUGGAGCAUGUAUGGGAGAAGGAUCUGGAGGGAAUUAUGGGCCUUCAAGCGCUAGAGGAAGUGUGUGUUGAUGAUUGUGAGCGUCUUAAAAGUUUGUUUCCAGCAUCCUUGGCCACCAGAGAUCUCACCAGACUUCAAGUGCUUGAGGUAAGAGAUUGUAAGGAAUUGAGAGAGAUAUUUGGGAAGGAUGAAAAGGUUGGAGAAGGACCAACACAACACUCUGCGUUUCCUCCUCUCACCACAUUGAAGCUGUACCAAUUGCCAUCCCUCGAAUACUCUAUCCACUGCUCCAAACAACAGGAGAGUACAACAAAUUUGAGUGAGGGAGAUAUACAAGAGAUAUGUCUUGGCUCACGGUCCAUUCCAAACUCCUACUUCGGUCUCUUAGAAUCUCUAACUCUGGAUGGUUGCAAGGUUUUAUCAGAUGUACUGCUACCAUUCAAUUUACUUCCUUUUUUAACUAAUCUGGAAACGUUGGAAGUUCGAAACUUGGAUUCUGUCAAAACCAUCUUUGAUGUCAAAUGUACAACACAAGACAGAGAGGUGGCAUAUAUGGGACAAACCCUUCCUUUUUCUCUUUCUCUGAAGAAAUUAAUUGUAUCAAAGCUGCCAAAUCUGACGAAUGUCUGGAAUGAAGAUCCUGAUGUAAUUCUUAGCAUGCAGCAUUUACAAGAAGUUUGUGUUGAGGUAUGUGAAGGCCUUACAAGUGUGUUUCCAGCGUCAAAAGACAAAUAUCUUCUUAAACUUGAAAAUCUAGUAGUGAAAUACUGCGAAGGAUUGAGGACUAUUUAUGGAGAGGAUAAUAUAGAUCCAAGAACAAAGCUAGAGCUUACAUGUCCCUUUGUGAGAUCAUUGGAACUUGAGGGUUUGCCCAACUUCAAGUAUUUUUACUACAGCUCACUGUAUCUAGAAUCACAUACCGAGAAUAAAGUCGGUAGUGAAAAGUUAUUAAAGUGCUUGUCAUUGGGGAAAAAUGGAGUAAAUAUGAUUUUGCGAGGAGAAUUUGAGCCAAACCUCCUAGACAACAUAAAAGCACUUACUCUGUGCUUGAGUUCGGAUUUAUUUGGAUAUGGAAUACUAGAACGGUUUCCAAAUAUAGAGAAACUUGUGGUGUGUGAUGGUUCCCUCAAGGAGAUGUUCUGUUGUGAAAGUGGUAAUAAUGUGUUACAUCAGCUGAAAGUAUUACGGUUGGAGUCUCUUGGAGAGCUGGUUUCCAUUGGGUUAGACACUAGUGCAGGAAGGACUUUUGGCAGCGGUUAUUUUUGUCAUUUUGCCCCGGUUCUAGAACCGAGGCAUAUUAGGACGAGGCCAAAAAGAAGUAAACCAGAACUAGGAGAGAUAUGGCGUGGCUCACUGCCUAUACCCAACUUCUGUUUCAGAGAGUUGGUGACAUUGACUGUGGACGACUGUCCGUUUUUGUCGGAUGCAGUGCUACCCUUCCAUUUAUUUCCCCUAUUAUCCAAAUUGGAAACAUUGGAAGUUCGAAACUGUGAUUCUGUCAAAGUCAUAUUUGAUGAUGUCAAAUGUUCAACACAACACACUUUAAUUACUUCUCCUAUGGAAGCUGUUUGGAACGCAGAUCCUCCUCAUGGAAUUUUAUGCAUGCAACAUCUAAAAAAAGUACAUGUUACGAGAUGUAAAAGGCUUACAAGCGUGUUUCCAGCAUCUGUAGCCAAAGAUCUUGAACUUGAAGAACUAGUAAUUGAAGAGUGUGAGAGAUUGGUGGCAAUUGUUGCAGAGGAUAAUACAGAUUCAAGUCUAGAGCUUACGCUUCCCUGUCCCUAUGUCAAAUCAUUGAAAUUACGUGGUUUGCAAAAGUUCAACUACUUUUAUUACUGCUCACUCAAUAAGCAUCUGGAAUCUCCUACCCAAGAUCAACUCCCUCAUGAGAAGGUAUCAUUGUUUUAG